UGUUGUCACUUCCGGCGUGGUGUCUUUAAGGAUUUACUGUGAAGACUGCGAAAUCGAAAUGUAUAUUUAUAAGAAUACAGUAAUGUGCGCAUUUUAAUGUAGUAUCGCUGCUAAUAUUCAUUUAAUGUAAUUCCUGAUGCGGAGGCUGUGACCAACUCAGACUGAAAACGGGGAAAUCAGAUGUUCGAUCUUUGUGCCAGUAUUUCUAUCUCGGAAACCGAAGGCAGAGAUGUGAAGGACGAUCGCUGACAGAAUUUUAAAAUUUCUCACAAGGUUCUGGAUGCUGAGGGUGUUAUGCAUGACAGACAGGAAGAGAUGUCUAGUGAACCUGGUCAAGACUUCAAGACAGAAGGUGCUCCAGUUCCUAAUACAGGAGACCUACCGCACUCUGAUAAUGAUGAGUGCAGAGAAGCAGUGCAAGGACUGCCUCACAGCUCUGCCACUGAGAUCUCCUGCUUCAAGAAUGAAGCAAGCAACUGUUUGCCAGAAACUUCUUUGAACCAGGAGCUUGACUCUGUGGUCAGUGCUGCUGCUUCAGCAGAUGACGUUGCUGAGACAACGCCGUCCUUAAACAGCCAGAGCCCUGAGCAAGGAGGUGAAGGCCUCCCUGAAGACAAGUGGCGAUUCCGCAGCACAGCCUUCAUCGGACCCGCGUGUCGACCCCAAGUCUCCAGGUCUCCCACACGAGACAUGGAAGACAAACUGAGUGAGUUCUACAAGGAACUGGAGCAGAUUGAACCUGAAGACAAAACUGAUGUCCCUGAUAAACCUGAGAGACCUGUCGAAACAGAGAAACCUUUGAACACAACCCCCAAAGAGGAAACAAGGUUAAACUUCAACAGAGACCACAGGCCUUAUCGCAGACCUCAUCCGUAUCAGGGUCCCCAUGGAGACCACUGGCAUCCCAGGAGACACAGGCAGAACUUUUUGUGUGGCCCAGACAGUGGUGGCUGGGGUCCUCACUAUGAGAAUCAAUGGCAUCACUCCCAGCACUUUCAGUUUUAUGGGCCCAAUGAAGGCCCACCCCUCCAACCCCUAAAUCCUUUUUACCCUCCAGAUUUUGGCCCGCAGAUGAAGCCAUACUAUGAAUAUCCUGAGACUGUACCCAGUGUAAGACAUUAUGAAUGGGAUCAACCAUUCCCACCAAGUCCUGUCUUUACAGCUUAUGAUGUCUAUGACGAUCCCAAUAUUUGUCGAGGGUACAGUGAUUGUGAUUACCCUCCAUACCAUUUUGAAUACAGUCAAGGCAAUGGUUACUUCAGACACAAUGAAGGUACCUGGUUUCAUUCAUAUGAACAGGACCAUUUUGGUCUGAAUCAUAAUAUCAGUGGAGAGCACAGACCACAUCUGCGACAUCACCCCUCAGAGCAGCAUCACAAAGAACCAGACUUUAAAGGAAUUUGUCCUCCUGGCUCUUCUUUGGUCCUGAUUCUAAUGAGAGGAUUGCCUGGGUCUGGGAAGUCAACUUUUGCCCAGGAGCUGAAAUCCUCCAGUCCCCAUGGGCUUAUCCUCAGCACGGAUGACUACUUCUGUCAAGGGACAGACUAUGCGUAUAAUCCUAACCUGCUGGGGGAUGCACAUGAGUGGAACCAGAAAAGAGCAAGAGAAGCUAUGGAUGAAGGCCGCUCUCCUGUGAUUAUUGACAACACAAACCUGCAAGCUUGGGAAAUGAAGCCUUAUGCAAAACUUGCUGUAGAAAGGGGAUACCGUGUGGACUUCUGUGAACCUAACACCAGUUGGAGGAGGGAUCCAUCAGAGUUAGAAAAGAGGAACAAACAUGGUGUCCCUCGGCACAAAAUAGCCCAAAUGCUGGAGCGCUUUGAGCUUCCCAUGUCUCUGGACAUUGUGCUGAACUCCCAGGAGCCCUCACACAAAGGUUCAGGAUGCCCCAACACAAGGUCAUAAGACACUGAAGACGGCUGCCCCAUUCCACUGACAGAUGACCCUGCAGUACUGUCUUCUUCCAUUGCCAGCUUUUUGACACCAGCAUAUAUUUAUUUUCAGUCUUCAGCCUUUUACACCUAUAAUAGUUUAUUUAAAAAACUGGAAAUCCAAUAUGCUUUCCUGUUGCUCAGAGGUCUGGAUUGAUUGACAGCUCUAGUUACAAAAAAAGCAGCUGUAAGGCAUUGACGUGUGCUGUAUGCAUUUUUGAUGAUGGCACCUCCAAAUGUCCUCACGUAGUGAUGAGUUUCCAGGAGAAGGCAGUGUGAUUUUGGUUGCCUGUGUGUGGACGGGGAAACCUUUUUUAAUGUAAAAUAAAUUAUUUUCUGUAGAAACUAAAGCAGUAAUGUCAAAUGUAGCAAUACAACUAUUCAGGAAACUAACAACAAAAGAAGUAUCUGGUUUUCCAGCUUUUGUGAUCAGAAGCAGUUGGAAUUUAUUAGAAACGUCAGGAAAUUGUUAUACAACACACAGCCAGGCUAAUAUUGCACUGAUUUUGGAUACUUUGACUUCAGUGAAUGUAAUAUUUUCAGUAGCGGUUUUUGUACAUAUUGUAAGAUUUUGUAUGUUAUUUCAACAUUUGUGUGGUGUACAUAGUAAAGGAUAUUAGAACGUUAAAGCAUACGCCUUUCUGUACAUAUAUUUCAGUGUUAAUGAGGUAGAAAUCUGAAUAAUGAUGGUCAUUAACAGUUGAACAGAUUUA